GGAUGUGGAGAUCGGUGCCAUGUUCGCCGCUGCACCCUUGAGGCCGCUGGAGAUCUGCUUGCCGCUUUGGGUCCAGAGUCUCUGGGUACCUUCCACUUGGUCAUGGUCAAUCGUCACCUCCAUCGUCCUACGUUGGGCGACAUGCCGAAGCUGCUAGCGCCAGGAGGACGUCUCCUCUUCCAUACCUUCAUGGAAGGCUGCCAUCAUCCCUCGGACCCCGCGCACGUUCUGAAGCCCGGGGAGCUGCGAAGCACUUUCCAGGAGCUCGAGGUCGACAGAGACGAGGAGCUUCCGGGUGAAGAUGGCAGGCCCAUGUCCUUCUUCGUUGGGCGGAAGCAGGUG